UCCACCUCCGAAACCCAAGAAAAAUGGCUCACCCUCGAAAACCUCCUCCUCGCCACCCUCCGCACAGGCGACAACACAACCGCCUACCUCUGCCUCGAAACCCUGCGCGACCGCUUCGGCGCCGAGAACGAACGGGUGACCGCCCUGCGAGGUCUGUACGCGGAAGCGAUGGCUUCUGACCAAAGCGAAUUGGACGAUGUUAUGACGCAUUAUGAGGAGAUUUUAAAAGAGGACCCGGCGACGUUUAGUAUACGGAAGAGGAGGGCGGCGUUGUUGAAGAGUAUGGGUAAAACGGCCGCGGCCGUGGAUGCGGUGGUGAAUUUGUUGGAUACGAGUCCGACGGAUGCGGAGGCGUGGGCGGAGGUGGGGGAAUUGUAUGCAAGGGCGGGGAUGUGGGAGCAGAGUAUCUUUGCGUGGGAGGAGGUGGUGUUGUUGUUGCCGAAUGCGUGGAAUGUGCAGGCGAAGUUGGGGGAGGUUUUAUUCGCGGCGGCGGGGAGGGGCAGGGAGGAUGCGGAGGGAGGGGUGAGGUUGUUGGCGGAGAGUAUGAGGAGGUUUGGAAGGAGUGUGGAGCUUUGUGAUGGUUAUUUGAGGGGGUUUUAUGGGUUGAAAGUGACAACGACGAAACUGAUGGAUGCUCUACCGACGGCGAAGAACUCAAGAACGGAGCCGGGAGAACUACCCUUACCGACACUCCAGUCUGUCACGAAGUUGAACGAGAUCGCCACGGCGAAGCUGGCUGAGAUCAUCCGGAGAAGUUCCUCAGGAGAGAAGGACUGGGACGGCUACAAUGCUGCAGAGAUCGCUGCGGCUCGCGCAUUAUUGGCAGAA